AUGUUGCACCCCGUCACUUUCAAAACAAGCAGGUCGAUGCUAAGACCAGGAAUAUUGAACUUUGAAAAAAGAUCGCUACGUUUGAUGCCCAACUGGUCUAAAUUCAAACCAAUCGAACAACCAGCGGGUUUUGUUGUUGAUACGGUCAACGAAGCAUACGUGCCACCAAAUCCAAACGCUUAUGAGGGAUCAAAUCACUGGAUCUACGACAGAUUUGUCACCACAGCAAUGCUUCCAUUGGUUAUGGUACCGUUUGUCGCUGGUGUCGAGUACCCAGUAAUCGAUGCGACAUUUUCCACCUUGGUAUUGUUCCACAGCUAUGCCGGUUUCAAGAGUUGUAUAAUAGAUUAUAUACCAAAAAGAGUCUAUGGUAUAUGGUACGGGGCAGCUUGCAAAUUGUUGGCUUUUGGCACUUGUGUGGCAAUGUACGGUAUAUACAUCUUGGAAACAGCCAACAAUGGAUUAUUUGAGUUGAUAAAGAGCAUCUGGCUGUCCUCCAUUGCUGAUCAUAUGAGCGAUUCUGAGUACGACAACGACGCACCAAAGGAUGGGCCCAAACCUUAUCCUCAAUAUGCAACACCAGAACCUGUCCCACGGCCACGAAGGAUCGAUCUUAUUGGGUUAGAUUUGCCAAGCAUUUCUAAUCUGGACGAUAUGAAGGAUGACGAAGGGGAUGUCAGGUACGAAGUUAUCGAAGAACCACAAUACCACGUCACCAGGGGUCUAUUUAUUGGAAACUUGCGCCGCCCUCUCAAUGCCAGCCAUUUCCAAGACUAUUUGCGUAAGUUGGCCAGUGAAAGCAAGGAUGUUCACGUGCGUAUCGAUCGAGCAUGGUUGACCAGAUUGAGAACGCACGCAAUUGUCUUGAUAGGUACUGAGGAAGGGGCAGAGUACAUGAGAGCCCAGUUGAAUGGAUCCAUAUACCCAGAUGAGGAAGAGGAUGCCAGGUUGAGGGAAGAAUUUGAAAAUCGAGAAAUUGAACGGUUUGAGGAGGAAACUAAGAGAUAUGAGGAGGACAUGGAGAGGGUUGGCGAGGAGGAAAGAGCAAACAUGCGCCAACCUACCGAACCAAGAGAAUUUGUAACUGACAGAAUUCCCUUGUACGUGGAAUACAUCCCAGUGAAGGCUAUAAAUCAGUGGACUUUCGAAGAGGAUAAAGGACCAAGAAAUGGGAAAUGGAAAUUGGAAUAUGUCAAUCGGAAUGAUGAGUUAGUUGCCUCCCAUACGUUAUUGAACGGUGAGUAUAUCCCUCGGUAUGUCCCUCCCAGACGUGGUGGUGGUAGGGGUGGGGGUAGACGAUUUGGUGGGCCACCACCAAGAGGUUAUGACAGAUAUCGCGAUGGGCCAGACCCGUACCAUAGAAGAGGAGGACCUCCCCUUAGAACAGACUCUUACGUCCCCGGCCGCUCUUCUCGAUCUGACGAGCCUAGAAGAACCGAUUCGUACGUGCCAGGAAGCGCACGUUACAGGCUGUUGUUGGUUCCUAGAAUACACAGUGCUAGUGUCAGAUUGAAUAGCACAAUCUCCACUCCUCCUUCUGAUCCAAAACCCUCCACCCAAAAAUCCCUUUUCACAGAAAUAUAUCCAAUUGAUAAAGACAAGGUCACUGAGCAAGACGUUGACAAGUGGAUAGAUGCCUUGAAACAAUUACGCAAGGGUAAGAAAGUUCACGAGACUCCUGAAGAAAUAUAUCUUGGUCAAAUAGUGCAACCGGAACAAUUCGUCACAAACAAGUUUGAGCCGACAUUGGAACAAAUUGAGGAAACUUAUACAUAUUCAAACAAGCAAGUGCCUUUGAAAUCAGACCCCACCGUGGAAAACUUUAUCAACUUGGUGAUGAGACAUGGUCGCAAAGCAAGAGCUCAAAAGAUUGUCAGUCGUGCUUUCUACAUUGUCCAAAUGAAGUUGCGUAAAGAUCCAAUACAAGUGUUGAAAGAUACAUUGGAUAAAUUGGGUCCAUUGGUAACGACAAAGUCCAUAUCCACUGGUGUAGCAAAGAGAAGAAUCGUCCCAAUCCCAUUGAAUGAAAGACAGAGAAACAGGUUUGCUAUAACUUGGAUUUUAGAGGCUUCAAAGAAUAGAAAAUCCAACGACUUUGCAGUCAGAUUGGCCGAGGAGUUGAUCAAUGCAUACGAAGGAAAGUCAUCUGGGUAUGACAAAAAGGCUCAAAUGCAUAAACAAGCUACUCAACAAAGAGCAUAUAUCAGUUUGUAA